AUGUCUCUGGAUGCUGCAAAAGACGCGAGGAGGCGACGUAGCAGUAGUCUUGUCUACAAAGAGCCCCCCGAGUCGCUCGAGCAGCUGAGCGACCAGUCAGCCCUCCCCAACCUGAACGCCGAAUGGGUAAAUGCAAAGGGCGCCUGGGCCAUCCACUUUGUCCUCAUCUUCUUCGGCAAGAUCUUGUUCGAUAUCAUCCCCGGCAUGUCGCAGGAAGCAUCGUGGACCCUAGUAAACCUCUCGUACGUGGCGGGAUCCUACCUCAUGUUCCACUACGUGCGCGGUGUGCCCUUUGACUUCAACUCGGGUGCCUACGACAACCUCAACAUGUGGGAACAGAUCGACAACGGAGACCAAUACACACCAGCCAAGAAGUUCCUUCUUAGCGUACCCAUUGUGCUGUUUCUCGUCAGUACGCAUUACACGCAAUACGACUUGACGUAUUUCCUCAUCAACUGUUUCGCGACGCUCGCAGUCGUCAUUCCGAAACUGCCUUCGAUCGUCGGACCACGUGCUCUAAAUCUUCUCACGCCUUACGAUUGGGGCUUCUCUGAUGACUGGAUUCAAGAGACGACGCGCCUCAUCGUCGGAAUCCAAUGUUUUGCAGUCGGUCUGGAGCUUCCAGCAGGCUACCUUCAAAGAAAAUGGCGCGCCUUGCUUAUUCUUCUGGGGCCUGUCAUGACGUUUGGCUGGCUGAUAUGUGCCAUGCUUGUCACGUUCAUCUUCCAGACAGAUUUCCAAACUGGAUUGACCAUAGCAGCGUGUCUCACCCCAACGGAUCCCGUCCUCGCAGCUUCAGUCCUGUCAAACAGUCAGUUCAGCACCCGAGUACCCAAGCGAAUUAGGGAUUACCUAAGCGCAGAGAGUGGGUGCAACGAUGGCAUGUCCUUCCCGUUCUUGUACCUGGGUCUCAGUCUUUUGCUGAAGAAUACUGUUGGUGGGGUACUGAAGAAGUGGUUCCUCAUCACAGUACUGUACCAGUGUGUCGGAGGUGUUCUGUUGGGUAUCGCACUAGGCUACCUUUUCAACGCGAUAUUCAAGUUCUCGCACAGCCGUGAGUGGAUGGGCAGAGCCUCAUACCUCGCCUUCUACCUUCUCUUGGCCAUCUUCUCCAUCGGAUUGGCAUCACUUCUUGGCGUUGAUGACUUCCUGGUGGCCUUCUUCGCAGGACGUGGUUUCGCGCACAACCAAAAUGCUCCAACGGAGGAGACUAAGCUACCCGUUAUUAUCGACUUGUUGAUCAACUCGGCUUUUUUCAUCUUCUUUGGCGCGAUGAUCCCAUGGCAAAGUUUCAACGCCAUGGAUGAAAUCACGCCUCCACGACUGUUGCUUCUACUCGCACUCAUUCUGCUUUUCCGCAGGAUCCCGAUUGUUUUCACUCUAUUCAAGAUGAACUGCCUUCCAUCUGUCAAAACCACCACUGAAGCCCUCUUUGUCGGACAUUUCGGACCAAUGGGCGUCGGCGCCCUCUUCCUUGCUAUUGAAGCCCGCGCACAACUGGAAACCGGUACUUCGCUACCUCUUCCUGAUCCACCAAAUGAUCUCCCAGCAGACAAACAACGAACAGUUACGAUGAUUUGGCCGAUUGUUUGCUUUGUUGUGCUUGGAAGUACAAUGAUACAUGGUUUCAGUACUCUGGCUGUUAGCAUUGGAGGCCAUUUUGCAAGAAAGGAGGGUGAGCGGGCUCCACUGAUUGGGGCUGAGAGGGAAGGACUGCACGGCAUGAUUCAUAGCGACAGUGAGGCUAGCGACAACGAGCAGGAGUAG